CAUUGCUAUCGGUAUGAAUCUUCUGGCCAUUGCUAUCAUCACCGCGCUGGUGUGCUGGUGGAGAGCCAGAAAGAGGAAGAGGAGGGAGAGGGAAGCUGACGAAAGAUCUAUGGACGGUCUGGACCUGGGACCUCGAGACAAUCCUGUCUUUCCAGCUGGGCGUCAGACACGAUCCCCCAGCCAGGACUAUGUAAAUGUGGACAUUGACCGACCACAGACACGUCGAGGCCCCCGGAAGUCCAUAGCGGGGGUAGCUGACGGGUGGGAGGUGCCGGAGGAGAACAUCAAACUGAUCCGGGAGCUGGGGAGUGGACAGUUCGGGAAAGUGUACAAAGGAGAGGCCUACGGGAUAGACCGGCAAGAGCAGUGGAGGACAGUGGCCAUCAAGACACUAAGAACAGGAGACCAGAAAGCCCAGGAGGACUUUGUGAAGGAGCAGCGAGUGAUGAGUAAACUUCACCACGGCCAGCUGGUCAGGAUGCUGGGGUGUUGCACCGCAUCAGAUCCCCUGUUCCUCAUCAUGGAGUAUAUGGAAAACGGUGACCUCGGCAAGUUCCUCAGGAAGCACCAUGAUGAUUUCCACGAUGACGUGCCCUGCCCAGGGGACCACAGGAGUCAGUUUUGCCUCACCCCAAAACGACUGGCCUCAUUUGCAUAUGAUACAGCCAGGGGAAUGGGCUACUUGGAGAGCCAAAAAAUUGUACAUCGGGACCUGGCAGCCCGUAACAUCCUGUUGAGUGAGGACUACAUGUGCAAAGUCAGCGACUUUGGGCUCGCCCGAGCGAUGUACGACGCUGAGUCAUACAUGAUCCAGGAUAAGAGCCGACCCCUCCCAGUGUUCUGGAUGUCUCUAGAGUCCCUGUAUGAGGGAGAAUUCACCACAAAGAGUGACGUGUGGGCAUUUGGCAUCGUGCUGUGGGAACUGGCAACACUAGGAGGACGGCCGUACCCUGGUAUGGAUGCCAUGCAGGUGCAGCGUGAGCUGAGAAGAGGCUACCGCAUGCCCAAACCUAGGAACUGUACCGAGGACAUGUACCGUUUGAUGAGGUGGUGUUGGGAAAGAAACCCCGACCGCCGCCCCACCUUCCGUCAGCUGGUCGGAGAGACACUCAAACUGAAACAAGACAAACCGAGGCCCAGCGUCAGUGGCAGCACUGGUCACCAGGCUUUGGGAAGCCGAAGUAGUCAGUCUUCAGUCUCUUCUACAGGACGAAGGCAAUCUGCUGACACUUCCCGACGAGAAUCCAACAUUGGACGUUUUGAUGUGCUCUUGGAGUAAAUGAUGGCCAUAAUCAUCACCAGAUUGUAUUCAGGAUCAUAAUUAGGCAGUAAGGGGAAGGUUAAAGAUAAAAAGAAGUAUUAUGGUCUCAUUCCACAAUUUCACCGUCCCAUAGAAAUAUAUUAGGUUAAAACACACAACUUCUAUGCCUGCAAAUCCAAUUGAAAAACAGCAUUUCUGGAGAUGUUUUGCUUUCUAUUGCAAGUGCACUAGUUUGUUAGGCACUGAAAAAAACACUCAACUAUAGUUAUUGGAUUUCAAACUGUGAGUACCUGAGAGCCGCUCGAGGGCCUUUUGAGCAGAGAAAGGCCUGGCCGCAGCACUCAAAACAAAGGAACGUACACGUCCGCAAAUUGCUGGCAUUACAAAACUUUCCGGCAUGAUGGUAGCAGUAAUAUACAAGCUUUCAUCUCAAAAUCAAAUCCUUCUGAUUUCAAGUGGGGGCGAUGAAAGGGAAUCUAUCAUACACCUAAACACAAGCUUUUGAUACCCAAUCAUUUUUUGGGGCACAGACUCUUGACGCGUCUUUGUGAGUGCACACUUGGAGUAAUACAGGAAUGAGACCUUAAACUACACUUCUAGAAGACUGUAUAUUGCUCUAAUUUUAAGUUCCAACAAACCUUUGAGAAACAAUUGAUGUUGUUGUUUUUUUUACUUUAUUUUACUUUAUACUAGAGGAGACGUAUCGCCUAUACUGGAGCUUGUCAAUGUGCCCUGGGGGGUAGAGCCCAGAGACACAUGUAUAUAAUUUAUAAACAUCAAAUAAAAUAAAAAGGAACGUUACAAGAAAUAAUAACCAUUAAUAAUGAAAGCACCUACUCAAUACAAACCAUAGCAACUUAGGAAUAACAAAUGUAUAAUAUUGUUUUACAAUGUAUAGGUAAAUUAAGGAUGUAAAAUUAACACAAUGUGACUUGAAAACAUAUUUAUGAAAAAGAACUAGAUGAAAAGGAAAAUGAAUUUUCAUACCAAUAUGAAAUACAACCCAAAUGACUUAAUGGAUAAGUUCAAAAACAACAUUGUGAUAUUCCCUUGUGCAUAUUGUUUUAAAAGUACUUGAUGUACAUGUACAUGUAGGUGCUCUUAAAUGUGAGUUCCAUGUGAUAGCUGACCUUGGUUUAACCAUUUAUCAUAACACGGCAUGUGAUAAGUCCAGACGUAAGUGCCUCUGGAAAAAAGGUUGCGAGUUCGAAAUCCAGUCAUUGUCGCUCACCCAACAUGCAUGCCAAUGAAAGGGUCACAGUCCUUAUUAGGACCUGGCGCUAUUAUGGUCGACUGUUCAUUGUAUUAGAGCUAGGGGAAUUUCCCCCGUGAAUACUGUAUAAAAUGUCUGUCAUCUACGUUGUAUAACCAGUGAAAGAUAAACAUUUAGCUAAACUCGUGUGAGAUUACUUGUCACCAUGGUUACAUGUAAGAUAUAUUCCAAUAUUUGACUUUCACAGUUUUUCAAAAGUACUUGUUUUAGAACCUGACUGUGCUUGCAUUUGGUUUUGAACUGGCUGCUAUGGCAUGUUCACUAUCACAUCAUUGGCACUCAUCAUUGGACUACAUUCUGACAAAAGAACUCUGAUUCGGAAUCUUAGAAUGAUUUUUUGGAUUCUGCAAUGUUCAAUAACAGGAAAAGAGUGUUUGCUUAGCGAAAACAUGUAAAUGUGUUAUAUAUGCAGUCAUGUACAUUUUACAAAAUUUAAUGUACUUGCAACUUACAGCAGUUAUUGGUUUCAAAAUAUAAUCAGGAAAUGCUGUUUUUGGUGUAAUACUGUCAUUCUGUGGGUAGUUAUAUAUUUCAUUGUAGUCUAAGAAUAACAAUAACUUGACCUUACACCUGGGUAUCAUUUCAAAAGAACAGUACAAUAGGAACAAAAAAUGCAUAGGAUGGUUCCUGUCAUUGUGAUGAUACUUAAUAGCUGGAUGAUUCUACGCUUUUUGUGUAUGAAAAUAAGUUGUACAUUUUGUAUAUGCUGGACCAAAAACACCAGAACUAAGCAAUGUUACAUGUAUAUAUAUGUAUGGUACAUAUUUUCAAGGAGCUUGGUAUUUUAUAGGCUGAGACUAUUGAAACUAGAAGAGAAUUCGUUGUGUUGGAAAAAAAGUACCAAAGAAUGUAUGUA